GGCAAGGAGUAUAUAAAUUCAGAGAACUGCCCGCAAGAAGCGAGUGUUGGUUAUUGAUUUCAUUAUCAUUAGCAGCAAAAUGAAUGGCUUUAACUUUCUUUCUGCGCCACUGAUGAUGGUGGUGCUGGCGGCGGCGGCGGCUGUAAUGUUUUCAUCCUCACCUGUACUGUCUCUGCAUCAUCAGCCAAGCAGCAAGACGGCGGCGCCCAAAGCAGAACCCCCUUCAAUCGCUCCAUCCUUCUCCCCAUUCGCUACCGGAAUCUCGCCGGAUAUUGCGCCGCUUCUGCCUCUGCCUUCCUCCGCCGAAUCUUCUAUGCCGACGACGAUCCCUUCCAGCCCCACCAAGAAUCCCGGCGAAGAUACGCAAAUACCCGUCGUCCCUCAGUCUGUUGAUGAUCCGUCUGAAUCUUCUCCUUCUUCAAGUUUUGGGACGGUUCUGGCUUUUGCUCUCAUUUCUUUAUCCUUCUAUAAUCUGCAGUGAUUUCUUCAAGUCAAAUCAUUCCCGGAUAUAUGAUAUGAUGAUUCAUUAUUUUUUAUGCGUGCAUAGAAUGAGAGAAAUUAAUACCCGAAUUCAUGGUUUAAAUUAUGCAGUUCAUGUAGCAUUGCUAUGUUUUUGAUCCAUGUUUCAUCUCCGUUGACCUGUAUUAUUUUGGCUUCAGAUCAAUCUUAAAGAAGUGAAGUUCUCUAAUUUUGGCAAUUUUUCUUCUUGUUUUUCUUUUCCAAUUUCCUAAAUAAUGAUUCACUAACGAAUGGUAAAGGC